AUGUCAGCGGAGCCUCCUCGUACCCCGGAUCGCGCCGUGCUAAGUGAAUCGUGGGUCCUGGCAUCGACUGCAUCAAUCAAGAAUGACAGCCCUCAAACUCCUCCAAAUCAGAAUGCGACAGCCGAUGUGCUGGAUGGAGAAAGACCUUCGUCAGAACCAGCUUCCCCAAGCCCUCGGCCAAACCCCGCGCAAACAAAACGCGAUAAGCCAGUCCACCAGUCUACACAAUCCUUGUCGGCCUCCUCAUGGACUAUGGCUGGGCCUGAGCUAGUGAUGCCGUCUAUAGGUGAAGUCUCUAUCUCAGAGGCAUCCUGGGUCGCCCCAGCCAUCCAGCAGGCCCAAGCUUCUCGAUCUGUGAGGAAACGCCGCAAGCCACCAGCACCCGAGGAGACCUCGCAAAAAGGCAGGCAGACCGGUGGUGGGAAGGAAACUUUUGAGGUCAACCCUCAUCAGAAAAAGAGGCCCAGAAGGCUAGCCCAAAGGGUAACAUCUCUUUAUCGCGUGAAUGACAAGCUCGUUCGGACAACCAUUAAUGGGCUUUUAAUCGCCAUAAUCCUUCACCUGAUAGCUUUACCAGAAGUCGUCUACCAAUUUCAAGAUGCAUGUCACAUCCCUGCUAUCAAAUAUCUAUACCCUGAUAGCUGCGUACAGCUGCCCACACGCCCUCUCUCGCAUAACCUCCUAUAUCCCUCCAACCAGAUAAUCUCACCCGAAGACACUAUUAUCACAUCUCAACAAGGUCUCGAAUCAAUAUUUGAACAUGCUAUCCAGACCCUUGUCCCUUUAUCUCACCUGCUCAGAGAGAGUGAAACCAUGCUAGCCGAGCUCCAGGACCAACUUCGGUCUACUUUCCCAGAAGCUCGCCACGCAUUGGAUCUCGAAUUUCAGGGAGGCAACCAAGCCCUGAUCACCGCAUCCUGGGAAUUUGACUCAUUACGCGCAGAUCUUCGAUCUGCCGUAGAGAGUCUCAUGGCAUCGCCCCCUACUUACGAGCAGAGUGGCUCACCCCCAUCCAUCGCACGAGAUACAAGGGUUGCUGCCCAGAUUCGCCGGCGCGCAGAGUAUCUCGACCGGCUCCGCUCUCAAAUCCGCUCCAAGGCUGACUCCCUGAAUGCCCGCUUCAGCACUCUGGAUGACCAUCUCGAGGCGGUGGAUGGGAUCGUCGCUCGGGAGGAGCGCCGGGGCUCCAUGAUAGGUUCCACUCCUGCUGGUGGCAUCCAGGCUGGAUCCGCUGGUAUUAAUGCCGUGUUGAGCUCUUUGUCCAACUAUGCCAGUUUGGGAUCUGGUCUGUGGUCGAAAUCGACAGAGGACUCUUCUGCUUCUGGGGCGCGCUCUGCUGCUUCCGAUCCUCCAAUCCGGGGGCCCGGGAAUUCACGGCCGGUCACAACACUUGCGUUGCUGAGGAUUGCAGCAACAAAUCACCGGCCUAUUGCGGACUCUGUGUUGCGUUUGUCUAGACAAUUGAGAGAUGCGCAUGGUUCGCGUUCAGCGUCUGUGUGGUGA